AUGAAGCGCGCGAGCCUCUGUGGUGCUCCCGUCUUCCUUCUUCUUCGUGCUCCAGCUGCGAUCUCCAGCGUUCGUCGGAGGUUCUGUUCGAUCCCUAACCCUAUUCUCCACGACCCGAACCGGCUCUUGAGUUACGUGAGGAAAAAUUGCAGAGCCGGUGGUGGUGGGUUUACGAGUAUCGGCGAUGCCUUGUGUUGCUUCGGUAAAAUGAUACAGACGAACCCUUUGCCUUCCGCCAGGGAUUUUAAUCUACUGCUGGGUGCUUUAGUGAGGUUGAAGCACUACUCGACUGCGAUCCGGUUGAUUGAGCGGCUGCCUUCUUUGGGGAUCGAGGGUGAUGUUGCCUCGCUCAAUAUUUGGAUGAAUUGCUUCUGCCGGUUAAAGCGGGUUGAUUUGGGUUUGUCUAUCCUGGGCAGAAUCUUCAAGCUUGGGUUUCCCAUCAAUGUCGUGACAUUGAGCACCCUAAUUGAUGGUCUCUUUAUUCAGGGCAAAACUGAUCAAGCACUGAGGUUCCUCGAUGAUAUGCAACGAAACGGCCUCGAACCUAAUGAGACCACGUAUGCGAUAGUCGCAAAGGGGUUAUGCAGGGCGGGUAACACCAGACUGGUUAUUGAAUUGCUAAGGGACUGGGAAGAGAGAAGCUGCAGGCUUGGUUCCUUCACAUACAACAUCGUGAUUCAUAGUCUUUGCAAGGAGGGAUUGAUUGCAGAAGCGUUGAGACUCCAUGAAAGUAUGAGUGGGAAAGUGAUCAAACCAGAUGUUGUUACUUACAACUCCUUGAUUCAUGGUCUGUGCAAUGUAGGCCAGCUAAAAGAUGCUCUCACAUUGUUGAAAGAGAUGACAAGCAGAGCAAUCCAACCCGAUUUACCCACUUAUAACUCCUUGGUUCAUUGCUUAUGCAACCUAGGCCAAUGGAAAGAUGCUACGGUCUUGUUGGAGAAGAUGACGAAGGCAGGAAUUGAACCGGACGUCGUUACUUAUACCUUGGUCAUUCAAGGAGUGUGCAAUUCUGGCCAAUUGACAGAGGCUCGAAGACUGCUGAGGCAUAUGGUGCAAAGCAGAGUAAUGCCGAAUGUUCGAAUCUUCACUGUCCUGGUGGAUGCAUAUUGUAGAGAGGGAAUGCUUGUAGAGGCUGAGGCCAUAGUCGACCAGAUGAUACAAUUAGGUCAAAUGCCUUCUAGUUUCGUUUAUAAUACAUUGAUGAAUGGUUAUUGUUUGCAAAAUAGAAUGGACAAUGCUAUGGAAGUGCUUAAUUUGAUGGUUAAAAGAGGCUGCUCACCUAAUGUUGUUUGUUAUAACACGUUGAUCAACGGAUACUGCAAAGGGAAAAGAGUUGACAAAUCAAAGAUGCUUUUCCAAGAAAUGCUUCAAAGGGGCCUGAAUCCUAACGACAUCACAUACAGCACUCUAGUAUAUGGAUUUUGCCAGGUUGGGAACCUUGGAGCUGCGGAGGAGCUAAUUAAGGAGAUGCAGUCUUGCGAUCUAUCUCCAAAUCAUUAUACCUUGAAUGCUUUCCUGGAUGGCUUGUGUAAAGUGCAGCAGAUUGACAAGCUCAACGAUGCUCAGGGGCUGUUUAAUUGUUUGAAUGCUCGUGGCUUGCAACCUAAUGUGUGGACGUACAAUGUCAUUAUUCAUGGAUUGUGCAAAGGAGGAUGCAUGGAGGAAGCAUAUCAGCUGUUAAGGGAGAUGGAAGGAAAUGGAUGCCUUCCAAAUGACGUCACUUAUAACACAAUCAUCCAAGUACUAUUAAGAAAUAAUGAAAAUACCAGAGCAGCAGAACUUGUCAAUGAAAUGGUUGAAAGGGGUUUUUCUGCAGAUGUAGUGACUACGGAGUUGUGGGUUAAAUAUGUCGUGACAAAUGAAACUUCUUCCUUUUCGAAGGCCAUGCUGGUCAUGCAUGGAGCAAUGAAUCUCUCUCUCUUCCCUCCACCGUCCACCGUCAAGCUCUCUCCUUCCCGCCAAAACCUUCCCCCUCGCCCUCGACGGCCGCCGCCUCGUCGCCCGCCUCGACGGCGGCGACCUCCGCGGAGCAAUCACGCGCCUCGAGCUCGCGUCCCCGACGGGUCCCACCCCGACGUCCUCACCUUCUCUCUCCUCCUCAAGUCAUGCAUCCGCUCCCGCGCGUUCGCGCUGGGGAGGCGCGUCCACCGCGCGCUCGCCCGGUCCGGGCUCGAGCCCGACUCGGUGAUCCUCAACUCGCUCAUCAGUCUCUUGAAAUCCAACGACUGGGCUGAGGCGGAGAGGGUUUUUGGGGACAUGGGCGAUAAGAGGGACUUGGUUUCUUGGAGUUCCAUGAUCUCCUGCUAUGCCAAUAAUCACAUGGAGUUUGAAGCGGUGGAUACGUUCGUUCAUAUGCUCGAGGAUGGGUUUUUCCCUAAUGAUUAUUGUUUCGCGGCGGUUGCUCGGGCUUGCUCGGUCCCGGAGAGUGCAUCUAUUGGCGAAACGGUUUUCGGGUUUAUUAUCAAAAGCGGCUAUCUUGAUUCUGAUGUGUGUGUUGGGUGUGCAUUGAUUGACAUGUUUGCAAAGGGUAGUGCUGAUUUGGUUUCAGCUCGUAAGGUGUUUGAGAAAAUGCCCGAGAGGAAUGUGGUUGCUUGGACUUUGAUGAUGACGAGAUGUACUCAGUUGGGUAGUCCAAAGAAAGUUGUUGAUUUGUUUUUGGAUAUGCUGGUGAGUGGGCCUGUGCCAGAUAGAUUUACACUCACGGCUGUUUUGUCUGCAUGUUCAGAGUUGGAGUUACUAUCGCUCGGGGUACAAUUGCAUUCCUGGGUUAUACGGUCUGGAUUGGCUUCGGAUGUCUGUGUUGGAUGCAGUUUGGUGGACAUGUAUGUCAAGUCUGUAGAUGGUGGAUCGCUUCAUGAUUCGAGAAAGGUGUUUGAUCGGAUGCAAGAUCACAAUGUGAUGUCUUGGACAGCGAUAAUCACAGGAUAUGCACGGGCUGAAGAGAAUGAGGAGGCUAUCAAGCUCUUUUGGGAAAUGACAAAAGGUCCCGUGAGGCCAAACCAUUUCACAUUUGCUGGUGUUCUCAAGGCAUGUGGAAAUAUUUGUGAUGUAGAUAUGGGGAUACAAAUAUACGCACUAGCUAUAAAAUUGGGCUUUGCCUGCGAUACUUGCGUGGGUAAUUCUCUUGUCAGCAUGUAUUCCCGGUCGGGCCACAUGGAAGAUGCUCAGAGAGCUUUUGAUGCGCUAUUUGAAAAGAAUCUGGUUUCUUAUAAUAUUGUAGAUGCCUAUGGCAAAAGUUUGGAGUCCGAUGAAGCCUUUGAACUACUACAUGAGAUUGAGGAGAGAGGGAUCGGAACAAGUGCUUUUACAUUUGCCAGCCUUUUGAGUGGAGUUGCCAGUGUUGGCGCUAUUGGUAAGGGGGAGCAAAUCCAUGCGAGGAUGGUAAAAUCAGGGCUUGAUUCAAAUCAGUGCAUUUCUAAUGCUUUGAUCUCUAUGUAUUCCAGGUGUGGAAACAUAGAAGCUGCUUUUCGAGUUUUCAGUGAGACAAGAGAGAAAAAUGUCAUAACUUGGACUUCAAUGAUUACUGGUUUUGCAAAGCAUGGAUUUGGGACGAGAGCUCUAGACACAUUCCAUCAAAUGCUUGAUGCUGGUGUGAGGCCAAAUGAGAUCACCUAUGUUGCUGUUUUAUCCUCUUGUAGUCAUGUGGGUUUGAUAUCUGAUGGAUGGAAACACUUUAGGUCAAUGUACCCAGAACAUGGAAUCGUGCCUAGAACCGAACACUAUGCAUGUAUGGUGGACUUAUUGGGAAGAUCAGGAUCCCUUGUCGAAGCCCUUCAGUUUAUAAAUUCAAUGCCUUUCUGGGCUGAUACACUUGUCUGGCGUACAUUUCUCGGAGCUUGCCGAGUUCAUGGCAAUGUUGAACUUGCAAAACAAGCUGCAGCAAUGAUUUUUGAGCAAGAACCAGAUGACCCUGCGACUUAUAUUUUGCUAUCAAAUAUUUAUGCCUUGGCUGGUCUAUGGGAAGAUGCUGCAGCAAUCAGAAAGAAGAUGACUGAAAAUCUUACAAAAGAAGCUGGUUGUAGCUGGAUUGAAGUGAAAAAUACAGUUCACAAGUUCUAUGUGGGUGAUGCUUCACAUCUGAAGGCACGGGAGAUCUAUGAGGAACUGGACCGAUUGGCUAGUCGAAUAAAGAAACUGGGUUAUGUUCCGAAUACUCAAUUUGUUCUUCAUGAUGUGGAGGAGGGACAAAAGGAACAAUAUUUGCUCCAACACAGUGAGAAAAUUGCUGUUGUUUUUGGCCUUAUAAGCACCUCUAGUCCGAAAUCUAUUAGGGUAUUUAAGAAUCUUCGCAUUUGUGGAGAUUGUCAUUCUGCGAUCAAAUAUAUCUCCAUGGCAACUGGAAGACCUAUAGUCGUAAGGGAUGCAAACAGGUUCCACCAUUUUAUGGAUGGAACAUGCUCAUGCAAUGACUAUUGGUGAAGAUGCUUGCUUGACCCAUUGACCGAGUAUGCUGGGCUGAUAUUGCUUCGAAAGAUGAAAGACUCCAAAUUCACGCUAGAUAUUGUGUCAUACACUAUUCUAAUAUAAGGCAUGUGUAACUCCGGGAAGCUUGACGAUGCUAUCGGGCUGUUUAAUUGUUUGCAUGCUUGAGGCCGGAACCUGACGUGUGGAUGUAUAGCUGUCAUGUGUAGAUUGUGCGAAGGAGGAUGUGCGGAGGAGGCGUAUCAGCUGCUGAAGGAGAUGGAAAGUAUUGGAUGCUUUCCAGAUGGUGUCUCUCUUAACAUCAUAAUCCAAGGACUACUAAGAAAUAAGGAAGACAUGAAAGCAGCAUAAGCUGUUGGUGAAAUGGUUGAAAGGGGUUUUUCUGCAAGUAUGGCAACGAUGGAGUUGUUGGUUAAAUAUCUGGUGACAAACGGAACUUCUUCCUUUUCUGGUUGAGCUAUCCAUUUUUUCUGAGGUCUGUCCACUCUUUCCAUAUGAAAAGUGAUGAAGAGUAAACUAGAUUGAGGGCAAGUUUUACUCCACAAAUCAUCUCAUUGAGUCCCAUGUCCCUGUCCCAUUAAAGGAGUUGUUUUAAGUCUGGGUGAUCUUCUCUUGCUUUAUUAUGAGGAUUUUAGGAGGGUUUUGUUUCUCGUGUAUUCUAAGUUAUGCAAGAAAUCUCUGUUCAUACAUGGUACAUGUACCCGUCGGUUUAUGCUUCAUAUAAACAACCAAGCGGCGUGA